AAAAGAAAAAAAAAGAAAAAAGAAAAAAGGCGGCAGGAAGCCUGAAAGUCCAGCCACCAGAUCACUAAAGCCUGACUUUAAGCUAGGAUGAGUCAAUAGUUUCCUCCCGCCAGGUGAGGAUCCAUCCUGGCUUUCUUCCCAAGGGUACCUAACUCCCUCACAGGAGCACAGGACAUGCAGAGACCCAUGCCCAGCUCCAGCAUGGAAAAACACAGGGAGCCCAGGAUGUGACUGGUGAGAAGGGAACCCGACAAGGGCUCUGUCAAGCCACAGACAUUGAAGCAAGCCCCCACAUCCCAAGACAGAGAGCUUCAGCCCACCCCACAGGAAAAGGCAGGAGUUGAACAGGAAGGAAAUCAGGGUCUGCAGGAUCUCAGUACCAGCACAGAACUAGGCUCCCCGAGCCUGUCAGUGCAGCAGGGCCAGGAACAGGCUGUGGGGCUCUCCUACAGCACUCAGGGCCAGGUAGAUGGGAGGCAGGCUGUGCUACUCACCCGACAGCCAGGGAACAAGCCCUAAUCCACUCCAUUCACUGCAAGAGAAGAACUGCAGGAGCCUGAAGCAAGUGAAGGAGGUGCAAAUGGAGCCCCCCUGGACCACUAACGCUGCAGGGCAGCUUUUUACCUUCCUGCUGGGAUGGUGCUUUCCCCUCCAAGACAGGAACACAGGGCAACGCACCCCAGCCAAGCAUGCCUUGCCUAAGCCCUGCCUGCCCGCAGCACUCCGGCUUGCUGAGCCACACCACGGCAGAGGAAAAGGAGCUGCCACUGCCCGUGGGCAGCACAGCACCAGGCCACGCACGGGUCGAGGGGAGAGGGAGGAGAACACCCAGCUUGCCCCAGGCCCUCGCUCUCCGAUGUAUUUUCUCAUUAACGUGUAAUACGGUUUUAUUGUCUCAAACAAUGUCUGGUUUCGAUCAGUUCCUUCAUCCCAGACACUGCCGCGCGCAGAGACUGAAGAGGCCAGAUGGUUCAUGUUGCAGGAGUCUUCCCGCUCUUCCCCACCCGCUCCCUAAUUCCUUACAAAUUCCUGGAAUGCCUGCGCCCCGGAAAACCAGCCCUGGGCAGAGGCAGGCAUCUGCCCCGGGAGCAGGGGCUGGGGGCUCUCCCAGUCACCCCUCCUCACCACUGGCAGCUCCCCAGCAACAAGCAGCAGCUCCUGGCUGUUGUCUCCUCCACGGCAGGAGCACUUUCCAACCAAAUCCGUGGGUCUUCUCUGCUGAGGGAGGGAGUGCAGACCCCAAAACCCCCAGCCCAGCCCCAAAGAGCCAGCCAGCAGCAGGGAUGCAGCCGGCAGGGAGGACUCCUGCCCCUAAUCCCCACCACGUGCCCAAGGCCAUCGGGCUGCUGCCACAUCGCUCUCAGCUCCAGAUUUCACCCACGCCUCCCACCGCUAAUCCCCGUGCCAGCAGCUGGACACAGAGGUUCCCCGAGUCCUUCCCAAAAUCCAGGAGCCUGAGUCCCAGCCAAGUCAAAGGGAAGGCUCUUCCUGACUGCAAGGAGCUUCUCCCCAGCCCUGUGCUGGCUAUCCACACUGGCAGUGUGCUCCAACCCACCCCAAAUCACCCCUUGGAGGUCUGGCAAAGCUCAUGCUCCUCCUGCCAUCCUUCCAGCACCCUUGAAGCCUUCUCCAUUCCUUGGGAGAAGGAGGAGGGAAGCCCACCCGGCCCGGGAAGGAGCCCUGCUGAGCACAGCCCAGCAGGGGAAAAAUAAGGGAUGCUGAAAGCGAUCACUCAGCCUGGAAGAAGGCCAGGAGACUGGUGUUCACACUUUGAGCACCGCAAGAGCACCGAUCAUCUCAUCUGGGAAAAAACAGAGUCUGGCAGAAAAGAUGGCACUUUCUCCAAGGCACUCAGGCACCACAUGCCAUGGCCACGCCACAGAUCAUGCAUCCACUGCAGGAUCCCACAGUCUCUCUGACCCUGCAGACCUUGUUCUGCCUCCAAGGAGCUACAUGAGCUGCAUUUUCCCCCUGUUCCCACUCCAGAGCAGCCACUGCUCAGAAAAAGUUCCACUGAAGGAUGACCAGAGGGGACCCCUCUCCUGCAGCUCCGUGGGGCUGGCAGCCACUCUCCAGGGUUUGGCUGCCAAAAUGUUGUGCGGGCUCCUCGGAGACCUGCUGAGCAGACGAGUAUCUGCUCCCAAUUCAACUGAAUUUUCAUGAGGAUGACACAAGACAGCCUUCCUGCCAAGUUUCCACAGCUCUUUCAGAGAAGGGGUGCCAGAGCCCAAGAGACACCUCCAAAAAAUCUCACCACAGCAAGGAGGACGCCUUCUUUUUUUAUCAGCACUUUUUUCCCUAAGCCACUCGGCUCAUUUUAGCAAGCCCUAUGCCAAGCCUGCCUCCACCCAGAGAAAUGCCAGGGCACACACUUAAAGUCCUGCCAAGUUCUGAGCGUUGAGGAAAAAAUCUAAGGGGGUGGGCGGUUUACAGCAGGUAGAUUUAUACCUGUAUGAUCAUGCCAUCUCCUCCAACACCCAUCCUACACCGUGUACACGAGCUCUGUGAUGGAAGAAGAUGUUACUGCCACGGCAUGGUUAGAUGCUCAAGAAGCAAAGCAGCAGAAGCUGAAGGGGUCUGAGGUAUUUGGGUUCAACCCGAAAAGCCCAUAUGCUAUGGGCUAGAACUGAGGAGCCCAGGGUAUCCUCAGACCUCUGUCCUGAAAUAGCCAGGAAGGAGACAAGUAGAGGAUGUGCCCUUGGGACAGUGGAACAAGAGGGCUGGAAAUAAGUGAUGGCAGCAGGAAUCCAAGCACUGUGGUGAUUCUUUGCACUCCACAGCAGAGAAAAUAUCACCUGCCACCUUUUUGGCAUUCCCAGCGCUCAACUUUGGCUCCAUCCAGCAAGAAAAAAACACAGCAGGAAAGAGCAAGCGAGCUGAAACCUGAUCCCCUGAAAGGCCGGACUCGGUGUCUGGCUUUUCUUACCGGCUCGGCCGACCUGUACGUGCCAGCCUGGGAAGGCGUAAUGGUUCCACCAACAGAACUUCAUUAACUUUUUAUACACUCGGCCGCUAAUUUAUAAUCAUUAGCGGACGAACAGCCAACAAUUACACAAGCAGCACGCUAAGGAGAGAGGGAGAGAGCUUGAAGGAGCAGUGAUGGAAACGUACUCAUGGUGGGGAGGGAGCUGGAGCCAGGAUGGCGCGUCCACGUCCCGGGGCUGGCAUGUGGCAGGGGCAACCUCUCCCAAGAUUUACUGGCACGUCAUUUCCUCAGCUGCAAUCAAGGCACUGGGCAGCAGAUAGGCAAAAGGCAGAGGUGAGCACGGGGGGGGGGUGGGGGGGGGGGGGAACCUCACAAGCCCUCUCAUUUUCAUAUAAAAGGAGACAGGAAGAGGAAGAGCUUGCAUACUCCACGUUUCCAAUUCCUGGCACAUGCAAGGUGCCUGUUUGCAGAAGAAUGUGAAACUGUACACAAAAACAGCUCUAAAUUAAUCCUGAUUUAAUGAAAUCUUCAAACACAGAUCACGUAACCCCAGCGCCCUUCCAUGCACCAGCUCCCCUCCUGCUGGAGCAGCUCUGUGUGGGAGGCAGGACAUCGUGUUGCAAUGUCCCUGCUGGCACCUGCAGGGAGCAACGCCUGCAAGUAUCCAAAUCCUGAGGAUGCAUCUACCUCGAGAAUGGAGAUGUGGAAGAGAGAAAAUAUCUCAAACACCUCUGGGAUCAGUGGUCUCUGUUUCCAUGAAGAAAACUCAAAACCAACUCCAGCAGUGCUCCCCUCCUGCCCGAAAACCCCUGCUGCUCAAGGCAAAGCUGCAGGAAGAGGACAACAGGCAGGCUCCCUCCUCUGCAACAACCCAAGCUGCUUGAAUCGAUCAAAGAGCCCUACGAUCUGCAGAUACAGAUGUCCCUGCCGCACAGGCAGGCCAGCAGGGGAGCACAGUGACCUGAUCUGCAGAUACAGAUGUCCCUGCCGCACAGGCAGGCCAGCAGGGGAGCACAGUGACCUGACCAGCAUCACUCAGCAGCACGGCAUGCCCAGAAACAAACCUACACCUCCUUUGGCUCCUGCACAGGAGCUGAGCCGCUCUCCUGCCCCGCACCAGGCAGCCCAGCCAGUCCUUUCUGGAGACAUAAGCUUCCUGUUAAACAGGUCUAAUAAACGCUGCGUGCACCUUCCAGAGCCUCUCCUCUGGCACCUCCGAGCAGCCAGCGCAGCUCAGCACUGCUUGUGCAGAGGAAAACUGCUUCCCAAAACUCCACGUGUCAGUAGGGAAAGAGCAGCACCCCUUAAGGAAGGCCAAGAAGGGGGCGACUGGCUGUGAGCUGCCCAGCUCCCCUCCGAAGCCGGGGGAAGCUGCAGCAAGCGAGGCAGGCUGCGUGCAGGACCUGCCAUGCCUUGCAAGCCGUGGCUUGCCAGGCAUGCUGAGGGCAGGUAGGCAGAGCCCCACGCUCCGAGCACACAAUCCCGGGCAUGCUGGAAGCUGGAAGGAGCCACCACAGCCCCCCCUCCUGCUCCCCACACAGGCACAGGCGUGCGGAAAGGCUCAUAAGCUGCUUUGGCUCACAGCAGGACCUUUACCCUUCCACCCUUGCACUUGCAAAGAGAAAAGUGCAGAUCUAACACAUGCUGAGGCUUAUCACAUCAAGAGACCCAAGUGUUCAGGCUAGCAGAAUGAAUGCCUCCGAGAUUAAUGGGGGCUAAAACCAAAUUUCUUGUGUGACGAGCUUCCUUCCCUCUACAGCAGCUUAAUAACCAUUAAGCAACCAUGUAGGGAAGAAAACUUAAAAAUCUCUACACCUAGAAGUGAAAUUUAGGGGAUCAAGCAGUAAAGAUAAUUUAGAUGCAAAUUUGGGCCACUCAUCCUGCCAGGGAUCCACCACCUGGGUACAGCUGCAAGAUCACAGGACUUUUUAAGAAAGCUCCUACCUGAUCCAGUAAAAUUCAGAGCAUAUUGUUUAGAUUAUUUUCCUGUGACUGUUCAAUAUCCACAGCAUCAUGGAUAAAACCCUCCAUCUAAGAAAACCAGAGGAGGGGGCAGGAAAACUACAAUGAGAAAGUGUCACAUAGUCCAUUGUGGGGUAGCAAUCACAGAUGGAAUUGUGGGAUAUGUAGAGAGAAGUGGAAGUUGUUUCUGCAUUCCUGCCUUUGAGCAACUUUCCAACACAACUGCCCAAAUACCUGUUCUUUCAGGAUUUUUUUUAACGGCAUCACUUGAGAGCUGCAUUUGUCAUUAAAGGUAUUUAUAAUUUAAAACUGAAGUCAAAUUUCAGAGAAAUACUUCUAAUAAAGAAGGCAAAGGCUUAAUUUCAAAUAUGUAAACAUGAGACGCCUCCAUCUUUCUUAAUGCUUCUCAAAAGCAAAGCAGGAGAUUCUUCUUUACUGAAACACGUUGGGAAAUUGAGCUACACAAAACAUUCCUGUCAACCCAAAUGCACAUUCUUAUUUCUUCUCCUCCUUGAGACCUUUCAAUUUGGAAGGGGUCUUUCCAGGGAAGGACCUUGUCCUGCCCAAAGAUAGGGAGAUGCCAGUGCCAGUGCUCUCAAGCCCCAAACCAUUAACUGGUCCAUACCCCAUCCCACAGGGAUGCAGCGUUGUAUCUGCAACAGGCAAGAGGGAUUAUCUCCCACCAGACUCAGGUCAGCAGCCAGUCUAGGGGUCCAGCAGCAGCUCCAGGGGCAGGAUGCAGGCACCAAACCUUGCACAGGAAUUAAUCACAUCCCUUAGGAGCUCUCUGCCUCCUGCUGCCUUACCCACACCACUAAGGCCACAGGGAAGCCAAGGGAGAGCAGGAAUUCCGCACCAUGGGGGUAGCACUAGGACUCCUGGGAAGUGCCAGCACCUAGGAACCCUUGCCACAGAGGGAAUUAAAAGCAGCCACACCCCAAGACAACAGGGAACUGUUACUACAGCCACCUAGUCAGUCCAGGUAGGCUCACAAGCAAUGGACCCCAAUGUUUUUUGGGAGACGUGGAGAGAUAUCUGGGCUCAUCCAGCCUGGAGAUGCCUGCACAGGGUGGGAGGUGAGCACAGCAACAGCCAGAGUGUGAGGAGCUGGACCCUCACUACCCCAGGUGUGGAGGGCACAGCCUUUCAAGUAAGGGCAUGGAGAGCUGGGCAAAUGGAGUCUGACAGCAUCCUCUGCUUAACUAAAGGAUCAGCAGCAUCGAGUCGUUCUUGGGGAGCUCUCCUGGAGAGAUCUUUGCACAGAUCCAGGGCUGCUCCUCUCCCUGCACAGUCAGGAACUCUCCUUUCAGCAUUCCAUUAUCCAAAGACUCCAGCAAAGGAGGCAAGCCCAGCAGCAGCAUGACUUGACGCCUCCCCACCAAGGGGCCAGCCCCAUUCACCUCUGGCUUGGAGCUGCUGGAAGGGGAAAAGGGGAGGCUGGCAGAGAGCAUCCCCUGCCCCAGCCAGUCCCACACAAACUUCAUCCAAAGCCUUCCCUGGGGAUGAGGGGCUGCACAGCCAGUACUGCUGUGUGCAGGCCCCCUCCCCCCGUCCCUCUCCCUAAACUCGCUCUCAGCCCCAUCCUACUGAACAAUCUCGCCACGGGCUGCUUUUGUAAGCCUCCAGCCCCAAAAGAAAAAUGAUGGGUUUGAACUCUUAACCCCGCCCCAGAAAAAGGCUGGAAUUAAAAGGGGUUUAUGACUAAGUAUGCAGAUGGGAAUACUGUAAUAACAACAGGCAAAAUGUUUGCCUAGCAGUUCUGGGCUGGUUUCGGAGGGAGGGGGGGAGAGAGAGUGGGAUGGGGCGGCUUCUGGCUGGAGGAUGACGGCACGGAGAAAGAAUUUGGCGGCUGGGAGGGAAGGGAGGUUGCUGAUAAAUGCUGGGGCAGAGGCGAGGAGUGGGGCCAGGACCCGAGCGCCGCAUGGCUGGCACUGGAGGGAGGCUGGCUGCGCGCUGCGGGGUCCUGGCCGCCUGACAAAGGCUCUGCUGCCGGAGAGAGUGGGCAAGGGGGACACGGGGCUGGCUCAGCAAGCCGUCACACGCCUCGGGGGACACGGCCACACUCAACGGGAUGGGGAAUGGGGAAUCUAUCGAGGCACACAGCAGUGCUCCCCUGCAAUACCCCAAAACUCAUUCUGUACCUGUGCAUGCAGACCUCUCCCUUAGGCAGAGCCCACAACAAGUGGCUAGUUUUUACCAGCAGUGGGACUCCAGCUCUGCUGAAAAGGUGAUAAAACUACAGUGCUUAAGUCACCUAGGAGGGCAUUUUCAGGACAUCACCUUCCUCUUUUAGCAACAGGCUGCAUCAGGACCCCACAAGUGGGAAGCUCCGGCUAGGGGAGACCUAAACCUCAGCCACCAUCCUAGAGGAGUGCACCCCACCACUGGCAUAACCCCACUGCAAGAGGGGAGAGCACUGCUUCUCCAGCCUCCAACCCUGCACAGGUCUGCUCCCACUCCUCUGGCACUCAGGGACAUCCAGGACUCUCCUCUCUGUGAGGGAUCACUCAAGUGAAGCCCCUCAAAGGCCCCCUGUCACACAACAGGGAGUGUCUGGACAUGGCUUGCAAGACCCCAAAAAUGCCUAACCGAGUCAGGCUGCACCCUGGAACACACAGAGAGGUUUGCUCCAUAGUUCAGUGGGGAUGUGACUCCCUGAUUGUAUCAAACCAGCACCUUCCUGCUCUCCAGCUCUCCACAGAGUGCCUGCAAAAUUCACACAAGAUGCAAACCACUUGCACAACAUCACACACAGCUUAGCAGCCACAGGCCACAAAGCCACCUAACACCCAAAUCUCGCAACUCAGCAGGACCCACGGGACAGAAACUCACGUGUAGCACAUGCAAACAAGCCACAAACCCACAGCGCCCAAAGGAGCCACAAGAUGGAACUAUUUUGAGCGAUGCUCCUGCCACAGACAUGAGGAGCUCACUGGGCACAGCCCAGCCUGAUGCAACAGCAGCACUUUGCCAACCCAAGCACCUCACAGGGCACAGCUUCAGAUGAGAACAUGCCCCAGCCACUUCCCUGAGAAGGUAAAGCUGCGUGCAAAGAGCCUCACAGCACGACUGGCAAGGCAGGAACUCCAGGAGACUGCCCAGCUUGCAAGGCAGGGGAUUUGCAAGCGUCUCACACCCGCCUUUGCUCAAUAGGGACCGCAGCAUUUGCGGCACAAAAACGUGGGAAUUUUGACUCGAUUGUGGUCACCUCCUGCUAACCCAGUGGCAUUUACCAGAGAUAAGGAAUGCUGGAAGGAGCCUGUGGAUACUAAAAGCUCCCUCAUUGCUACAAUCCUCCUCUAGGUCCAACUUGUUGCGUUGAUGAACAGGAAGGUAGCAGCCCUACAAAAACCGACUAAGAGGCAUGAGGACUCCACUUCACACACACACACACCCUCCUAAAGGAGUGAGGAGGUUUUUCCUUUGACCUCUCAAGCAGAGCAAAUGCCUCUCUAAAGACACCUAGGGACUGUCUGCGGGGUCAGGAAGAUGGUCACUACUGAUGGGAGCGAGCAGUGCAGAGGGUGACAGGGCCAGCCAGGCUGUGGUCCCUGUCCACAGCAGCCUGAGGCAGACACGAGCUGCACAAAUGCACAGCUCCCUUCACGCCAGAAAGCACUCGGAUCAGGUAAUGGAGGGUGUAGGAGACUUGUGAGAGGAUUUCUGUGAGUCAGCCUCGCUGGCCAGGACCCAGAUCAGCAAGCUCUGCAACAUCAGCAAACAAAAGAGGGCAAACCCUGGACCACCCCGGCCCCUUCCUGCUGCCUCCAAGGUGACCCCCACAAGUGUGGGCUUGAGGAGAGCAGGCAGAGGCACGUGGAAUGCUGCAGCCAGGCUUGGGAUAACUCAGCCUGCUAUGCCUUGGGGCAAGGAGGUGGUCGCCUCACUUCCCUGGGGAACACAGGAAUACAGUCCUGGGGCUUGCUGAGCAGUUUUGUUUCUCCGUUGCCAACACAGAAAGACAAGGUUAACCUUGCUCAUUUAAGCCACAAGCACUCUGUCUCCACAUGCAAACUGAACUCAGGAGAACCUCCUCUCACCCACAGCACUUCCCAGGAUUUAAGGACCAAAUGUAAAUGACCCUUUCAAAGUUCUUUUCUGACAGCAGUGUUUCCCCUCCCUCCCAAUGACAUACUUGUGCCUCAUACCAUGGAGCUGGUUUAUGCAAGGGACAUUCACAUCUCCCUGACAAGAGGGUGGCCCCUGCACCAGCACAUCUGCUGGAUCACAGCACCUCAUGAGGAACACCCCUGAACAAAGGGUCACCACACGUUUUGUAGAGACCUCCUCUCCUUGGAUGCUUAAAAGUCUUACCCUCCAAAACUCUGCCAGACCUGGGCUACAGCCAACCCAGCUUCCAUAAAAGCCUCCACAAAAUCCCUGCCAUGAGGUGCUUCCACCCUUUCCUUGUCUGAGACUUGUCAUUAUUCUCCAUUAAAAAAAAAAAAAAAAAAAAGUGAAGUCUGGGGAGAACAUCUGGAAGAGGGAUAAAUACCUAUCAGGAGUCAUCCCAGUCCUGACAGCUGAAUGAGUUAGACAAGUGCUAACGAACAAACAGGCUAAAUUGCUCCUUCCCCUUCCUGACAGGUCAAAGCGAGUCUCCAGAGCACCCAGAACACCAAGUCUGGUCUCUUCCCAGAUUUGGCAGCAGGGAGAAGCCCACCCUGGGCAGCUGUCCAGCUAUGCCAGCCCAGCUCUCUGCCUCCUCGGGGGUACCACCCAGCCACCAGAGGAGAGCUCCAAAGCCAGGGAAAUGAAGACCAAGCCAGCCUUUAGGAACAGUCAGGCUGCAGCACCAUGCCCCCCUCCUCCCUAGGGCAAAGCUAGGGCUGCUCCUAGGGCAGAGAGGCGAUGCAGGCAGGCCAGCAGCCUCCAUCCCUCUGCUCCACAAUGGCCUGUAGCCCCUUCCUUCCCCUGCUCCCAACGGGAGGCACACCCAGUGCUAAACACUGAGCCUAACUCCAUCCGGUCCUCCUUCCCUACGUCUAUUGUUGCUAAAAAUUUAUCCGGUUUCUGACAGAAAAAAAAAAAAAAUUAAAAAAAAAAAUAUAUAUAAAACACUGCACCUCCCCUCUGCCCUUCAAAUUAAAAGUAGCUCUGGUCUUUCCCCCGGGAGGGGGAGAUGAGUUUAAACAUGAAUCCCCCAUCUAGGCAGCACUGCUCCACUCCUCCUCCUCCAAGGACUUUCACACAGCCCUGUCCCGUCAGCCUGUCUGUGGCAUUUGAUUCCUGUCUGUCACUAAGUGAUGAGGACAAAGGGUGAGGAGUCAGGAAAAGGUCUGAGCUACUUUGUUCAUCGUCUGGAUACGAACUUUGGAUGAACUCCGUGGGGAAAGAGAAAAGCCGCAUGGAGCAGGACGCACUGUGCACAGCGCUCUCUCUCCUCAAAAAAAAAAAAAAAAAAAAAAAAAAAAAGAAAGAAAAAAAAAUAAAAGGGAGGCUUGAACAAGGGGAAGGGGUGGGAGGGAAAGGGAGAGGAGAGCAUUCCCCAUCCCCAUGGCGGCAGGCAGUCCUGAGAGCUCCCUGCUCCGAGGAGACAGAAGGAUAUUCAAACCGCCUUCCCAGGAGGCAUGUUCAAUAAAGCAGGAUGCCAACGCAGCCUUUUCUCAAACAAAUCUGUUAGCGGCGGGCCAGGGGCCAGCCACAAGGGCUUGCUUUUUAAAGCAACCAAAUGGGAAUUUCCUAAUAAAAUAAAAUUUUUUAAAAAGCCCCACCGUGGCACGGGUAAAGGGAAGCUUGCUGGCAGCAACAUGAAGUAUUUUGCACACAGACCUCUCUGGGAAGCAUGGGAAGAUGAAAUACAGUACAGGGCAGGGAGUUCUGGGAUGCAGCCAGGGCCAGGGCACCAAAGCACCCAUGAGUUCCCCUGGCACCCACCCGGAGGAGCUGAGAGAGAACAGUGCCUACAGCACAGUCACGUACCAGGGUGAAGGCUUACAACCACGAUUUCUGCUGCUCUGAGCAAGGGAGGAGGCCCAGGCUGUGAUGGGGCAGAAGUGAUUUCCCUCGUGGCAACCUCUGGGACCUGGAAAAGCCACCACAGGGCACACUUGGCUCCUUUGCUUCACUCUGCUUUACAGAGCCAAACCAGUUUGCAACCGGAAAGCCCUGUGGUAGUCUUGCAGACAUUAGGUAAAUCAGUCUCUCCUGGGCAGCAGAGCCACCACACAUGCUCUCCUGAAUGGCUCUUGCCCAGCAGCCAAGGUGCCUGCCCUGGUAAGGGACCCAGCCUCCACGAAGGAUUACUCAGGCUCCACGAAGGAUCAGCAGAGCCCUGGCACAAGAUAUGCCAAGCCAGGCAGGAAAAUUACUGCAACUCCACAGGCAACUCUGCAGUGCUCAUGCUCAUGAGAGACCUGCUGAGCGCUGGGGUGAAGGGUGUCCCACAAAAACCACCCCACCACGCCGCACCAGCUGAACGCCAGAGGGGAUUCCCAGCCCACAGGCUGGCUGGGAACACCAGCUCUGCCACCCUGGAAGUCUCUGCCAGAGGCAUGAGCAGUUGGGAAUCCGAGGGAUAUGCUGGAGGCCGUUCACCACCAGCCUUCCCGGGAAGUCCCAGCAGACUGAGUGAAUGUACUCUCCAGGAUGGGGAAUCCUACAUAAGACAGAGAUCACGCGGGUUACGAAACCCAGGAGCGCGCUUGAAAGCAAUAUACUGGAACAUGCUGGAGAUCAUCCUGGAUGUCUUGUCUCCCAACUAAACAUCAGCAAAUAGAAAAACAGCUCUGCACAAGAAAGCUCCACCUGGAAAACAAACACAGCAGCCCAGCAGAAGGCACUGCUGAGAUCUCCCCAACCAGGCACAGAGCAGCAGGCAGGGCCCACAUUCCCUUUCAGGGUAGGCAAAAAUCUCAUCCCUUCUGUGGUGCCCAGCACAGGAGAGCUGCAGAGAUGGUCACAGCAACCACUAAUCCCAGCUCCAGUCUGGCCUCUCUGUUUGGGAAGGCAAUAACUCACCACUAGAACCAGCAAGUGGAGCAGAUCAAAGGCUCGGCUUCACUGACUCACAGCUACGCACAGCCCCAGCCCUCCCAAGAUCCACCUGCUCUGCACCAAGACAAUGACCAGGGAAAAAUGGAAGAAAAAGGGGAAGGCAGCACAUUUCUCAGGGAACCAAGCCAUCUGUGAAGGCUGGGAAAGCAGGGUCCUCCCUUGCAGCCAUCACCACAUCCCAGAGGAGCACACGUGAGGAGGUCACUCAAGCAUCUCAGAGGCAUUGCCCAAGACCUCUGAUGGAGAAACUUUGAUCUCCUCCAAGCACGGCCAGUCCCUGGGGACUGCCUCCAAAGCACACAGCAGAGCGUGCCAGGGCAGAUCGACUCCACACAGAAAACCACAGCCCUUUUGGAAGAGUUUGUUCUCCUGCUCGCUUCAGAAAGUCCAAAAAGUUCAUGUGGCAGUGGGAGGGACCUGCACCCAGCAGCUCAGCCAAGGUAGCCUCUCUCAAGGCAGUAAGUUCCACCAGUGUGAACCAGACAGAAGGAGGGGGAAAAAUGGACAGGAUGUUGACUGGAUUGGCCAGCAAUCCUAUUUGCAGAAAGUGGGAGCUUGGGAAAGAGAUGUUGGUGCUGCUGAAUCCAGGGCUGUUUUGAGAAGAGCAAGAGGGAAAAAGUGGGGGCUGGGGAAAAGAAGGGAAAAGAAAACAAAUCUGCUUUAUCAUUGCUUGAAACCCAAGGAAACUGAUUAAAGCAAACAUCCCCCCUGCCUCUUCCAAAGGGCUGUCUCAUUUGCUUCCUAAAUCUGAUUCCUAUUUGUCUCAUUUGUUCUUCAUUUAGGUCUCCUCCAUGCUCCUUGCUGACUCUUAGGAGCCCUCCAUGGAGCCAUGAGGACUGGCUUCCCUCAGGAACCUGAAAGGGCAAUCCCUGACCAGGGUCAGACCCAGCACCAGUGCCCGUGCACAGCGAGGAGAUGCAGCAAGAGGAAGGCAGCAGGAUAUGACUACACACAAUAGGCAAGAGGCCAAGGAAAUCCUUGGAAAGCACUACCCAAUGGUGCUGAUGAGCACCUGGGUGCCUCUGGGGUAGCAUUCCCAAAGGAUGAAGCAAAAGCAAUUUAAAAAAAGCAAAAGGAACCAGGAAGAGGGGAUGUAGCACAAGCACAGACCCACCCAGUGUUUUCCUCUCUAUUAGCAGACGGCCUUCUGAUUAAACAGCAACUUAAAAAUUACCCUAAUGGAGCUCCUUUCAAACACAAACCACAGGGACCUCUCCUAAUUGCACAGCUCCUUUUCCAAUCCCAGCCCAGGAUGAUGCAGCAGGUCCACUGGCUGCCCUUGCCCGCAGCACUGGCGUGCUCUGCCAGCCAAGCCCGCUGCUCCCAACGGGGUCUUGGAGCACUGUGGCACCAUGGGCUUCACUUUCUGUCCUGGCUCUCAGACCCCUGCAUAUGCUGCCUGUGUAGAAGGACAUCUGCAAGGCCUAGCCAAAAACACCAGAAAAAGGAAAAUAAAAAUCUACCCUUCCACCCAUGUGGAUUUGCCACUGCCUCAGUACACAUGGAAAGACCAGGGACUUCCCCUACCAGCACCCUCUGCUGUGCCUCACCUCCUUCCAUACUACUUGUGAGUUUUUCAUGGCAAACAAUUCCAGUCUGCCCUUGGGAUAGUCUCUCUAAGCCUCCAGCCAUGCCAUCGUGCUGCUGCACAUCCUUACCCUCAACAGCCCACAGGUGAGGAUACCAUGACUUUCUAGACCUGGAUGCAGAAGAGUUAUUUCUAAGGAAAACUCACACUCCAGGCUGUGCACCUACCAGACACACACGGCAAUCCUAUCCAAAAGGAAACAAAGCCCACUCCACCAGGCACCCACUGCCCAGCCGAUCCAUCCACAAGAGGAAACCCAGCAGGGUCUGAGCUCCCGAGAGCCAGGGCCAAGCCUGCAGCCACCCAACAUCAGAGCAGGUCCAGAUGGUUGCACAAGGAUCCUGACAUUACACAACACCAUCCUGCUGGCUGCCUCUGGAGAGGAGACAGCACCAGCAGCUGCUCUCGCUGCUCCCUCCUGCCCAUAAGGAAAGCAGAGACCCCCUGACCUUCUCCAACACAUCCCCCCAGCCCCUCUGCAGCUUAAGCAGCCCAGGUGUGCAAAUGUUACCCAAUGCCCUCGCCAGGCAGAAAGUAAAUUCCAGCAAACGGUGGAAAUGCCAGCUACAGUCAGACACUGGGAUGUGCAAAUAGCAGCCGAGGACCUUCGGGAGAGGAACAGCCCAGGCCCAGGCGCUCCUACCUAUAAUCCUUCCCAGGAUGCCCCUCCAGCAGCUCCUGUGGCAGAGGAGGGAUGCUAAUUUGACUAUUUGAGGGAAUGAAAAAAAAUAAACGUUUGCUCUUGCGCUAAAUGACCUUUUCAGCCACUUGGGGACAGAAUUGCACCGGGGCUUUGGAGUGAGCUACAGCAGGCGCUGCUUGCUCCCUGCUCCCCCAUGCUGGAUGCUUUGUGCCUCCAGAUGCAUUUAAGAGGUCCAUGCCUCCCAGCCACCUCUGUCCAUCCAGCAACAGAGCCAAGAAACAGUCCCUUUGCAAAAAUCUGCAUGAAGCAGGGAGGAAGAAGCGGUCUGCUAAGAGCUCGCCGAGCAAAGCGCUUCAGACGGUUUCAUUUCACAUUGCCGAAAGCGUAAAUCAGGGAAUUGCUCCUCGGGUUCUUCUCCAUUAGCAAAGUAUAUUGCAAGUCCCUUCCCACCGCCGAUACCGAUCGACACUUCACAUCUGCUGACCAGCUCUAACAGCCAGGAUUUUCCGGGGAAUAAUACAUUCAGUGAAAACACCAUUCCUGCCACCUGCUCCCCCCAAACACGCAACCGCUCCAGGAGAGGCUCCUUGCUCUCUGCAGGCAUAUGCACAGCACCACGCUGUACCCUUGUGAAGCUGUAUCAGAAAUAAAGAGGUGACCCCUUCAAAGCAAGGGUCAUAAACCCCUCAAAACACACUUCCAACCGGUGCAGCAUGUCCCACUGCCUGUAAGUUCCCUCAAUGUGAACAAGCGCUCUUCUGGAAAGCACCAGCUCCACACUAAACCUACCAGGGGAAGGGCUGUGUCCUGUGCUAUCAAGUCAGGAUUGACAGCCACAACUCUUUCCAGCUAAUUCCUUUUACCCUGUGAACUGCAAUCUCUAGCCUUUUGUCUAGAGAUUUGCAGUAAUCAGAGUAUUGCAAAUUCAUCACGUUAUCGCAGUAUUCGAAACAGUAUUUUUGCAAUUUAUUGCAAUAUUGCAAUCAAUCAUAUUAUUGAAAAUUCUUGCAAUAUUACUGUAAUGAAUCAUAUAUUACAAUAAUAAUUUUGCACAUAAGCAGGCUCCUCCCAAACAAACAAAAAAAAAAAAACUAACCUAAAACACUUCCAACCUUUUAAAAUUAGAGACUUAGGGGUUAAAAGCCAAAUUUACAGCUGAAAGCGAGAGACCAAUCCACGCAGAGGCUCCAGGUAUCGUAUCAUUCCUAAUGUUUCACCAGAGAACCACAGCACAAGGAAAAAAUUAAAAAAAAAAAAAAAGAUGUGUGUAAACAAGCAAAGGUACACCCACCAGCAGCUUGGGUUUUGAAACAUUAAUGUUGAAAUUAGAAAGGCACAUUUAGUAGAGUUAUGGGCAGAUUCACUUUCAGUUUGGCUCCAGCCUUGUAAAUAUCAAAUGUCAAAAGGAAACAACUGCACUGAGUUAAGAGAGAAAAAUCCCCAUGCUGCGGAGACAUAUCUGGGAUCGGGACCACUGGAGUUGGGAAAGAAGCAGCAACCAGCAAGGAACACUUCACAACUGGAAGGGUAUUUUUGCUGGGUAACCUGCCACUGCUAAUUCUGCUAAUCGACAUCACUCCGGAAUUUGAAAAUGUUAUCCAACCAGGAGAGAAACUUCAUUUUCCUCUUCUGGUAACAAGGAUGGGCAGGCCAGCCAGGUUGUGCGAAACCAAAAAUGGGACAUGGAAACGAUGAACUGAGUUUCCAGGCUUCUACUCAGGAGAGAAACAAAAAUCCAGGCACCAGCACUUAAGCAGGCUGAUCCCACUUGCAAAGGCAGCUCUGCUCGUUUUUCAACAAGGCUGAAGUAAAAUGGCAAAGUUAUCAUUUUAGAUUAGAGCAGCUCCUCACAGCACUGGCUCUUCCGAGGUUUUUCCAUUUAUCAGUAGAUUUAAGGGGAAAAAAAAGGGUGGAGGGGGCUGGAAAAAGCCCAUCAGCUUAGGGCAAGGAAAAGCUAUUUUGGGUAAGGCUUCUCCUAUAAAUAAAAGGCUGGGAAGGGAGGGGACAGUGACAAUGUACGGCUCCCUCAAGGUGUCACGGAGGAUUUCUAUUAUCCAUGGUGGCGACCUCCCCAAAAUGCAGAGCAUCACCAGCAGCACUCUGCUCCUCGGCAGGCACGGCUUUCCUGGCAGCCAAACCCUUCACUGGGCUGCCCAUUCCCUGGUUGCCUUGCCUUCCCUACCAGGAAAAGGAGCCAGGAGAAGUGGCUUUCUGUUCCAGCUCAAAAAGAAAUUAUAUAUAUAUGCACACAUACAGGGGCACAACUCACAAACGCAAGGCCAAGAGAUAUUAUUCCUUUUUUUUUUUUUUUUUUUUACUUGACACAGUUGCAAAUCAAUAAUUCCAGGCCAAGCGAUUCCCAGCACUGGGAGAAAGCAUCAAAGCAUCACCUGAGUCCCUCCUGAGCCUGGCCUGACAACACACACUAAUGUAUUCAGCCCACAGCCUCCUCAGGCCACAGCUUUCUGUAAUUUAUCCCUACAGCACCCGCCACCCUGGAUUAUUUAAGCCGCCGGGGGAUGCAGCACCUCUGAGGCAGUUUUGAGCAGAAACUGCCAACCACCCAGCCCACAAAACCAUUAGUUUUGGUUUCCAAGGGAAUUCCCAGCAGAUGCUCCCCAAAGGCAAUGUGGAUUUCACAGAAAACCCCCAAUAUCGAUGCCUCAGGGGCACACUGGGGAGGUGGUCAUCUGCAAAGCCCCAUGCAGCACCCAGCACACCCAAAAAUCACCUACACCCACCCCAGCACACCCAAAAAUCACACAGCCCCAGGCUCUGGCAGAGGGUGCAGCCUUGGGCUGCCACGUGUGACCCCAGGCUGGCAGCCCAGGAGCCAGGCAGUGCUCACAAACACCUUCUCCCACCAUGGAGAACACUCGGCAGACCGGGACCCGAUGGAUGUUUGGGGAAAGCAAAGGAUGCAGAUUGAGGUUGGUUUAUUAGAUUACGGACAGCCCCAUGCAAAUAGGGCCAUAUUGAUCUGGUCUGCAAACACCUGGCUGGGAAUACGAGCAGCCCCUGAGUAUACAGAAGCUGCUGGAGAUUAUUAACCAGAUCCAUUGCUGUAAAUCACAUUACCUCCUUCCAAACCCUGACCCAGCAUGGAGUCCCCCUGCACUAGGCACUGUACAGGGCACAUCCCUGCAGCACAAGGAGACUCACUUCUCCCUGCACGGCACACGAACACCUGAAGACUCGGCCCAAAAGUGUGGGCAUCCUGCUCUGGGGGCCGUGGAGCCAGUUUUGUGCAGCCCACCUUCCCCACAGCAACUCCCAAAGCAAAACAUGUUACCAGAGAAACUCACUGCCAUAGGAAUGCAAAGCAGGAAGAAAAAAAAAAUUACAAAUAAUGAAAAAGGUGGAAAAUAGAUAGUAUCACACCUUCAGGGGAAAACUCAGUCCCUGCUCCUAUUGGGUUCCUCAUAUUUUGCAUCAACUGCAAACCACCCCUGUAGUGCACAGGGCAGGCAAGACAGGCUCUCCUGUCUCCCAAAGCACCCCAACUCCAAGCACAAGAAGGGAAAAACGGUAGUAGUAAAAUGCUUCUCAGCAGAUUUCCAAGAGAUCACGAAACCCUUUGCAGAGCUUCAUUAGCAGAGAAGGCAGCAGUUCCAGGAUUAAAGGAGGAACUGGGGAAUAAGGUGCCGAUCCAAAGGCAGAUGAGGAAUCCCGUCUUCCUCCCUUCUCCCUGCCAAAAUCCACAGCUCUGAUUCAGCAGAAGUACCAGCAGCAGCACAGCCUACUAUAUCUCACUGCAAACAAACCCAUUUAUGUUUAAACCACCACCCUACUCUCCUCAAGGAUUGCUGCAUGCAGUAAUUUCCUUGUGACGGGGAAAAAAAAACAAAACAAACCAUGAUGAAAUUGUCUCAGAGUUUCUCUGUGUUUUGUUUACAACCGCUGCCCUCAAACCUAGGGCCGGCACGAGUCCUGCUAACAAGAAUAAAUCUCACAUUUGAGAGCAUUUAGAAAAGCUCUGCUUGCAGACACUCAGCGCUCCAAGGAGGAAAUCCCUCUGCAGGUCUCAAAUAAGGGAACUUGAACCACUUUUCCCAGGAGAAAUUUAGGCCUGAAAGAUCUUCUGAGUUUCUCAUUUGGAGCUACAAGGCCCAAUAACAGGAUCUCUUUCCCCGGACUCACCCACAAACUGACUGCUGCCAGGAUCAUGCAGAGGCAAGGGGAGAUGGACUGGAGAGAGACCUGGGGUAGCAGGGAAAACACCCAACAUUCAUGGAAAAGAAUGCUCUUCUUAGCUGCUGUUUAUGCCCACAUCUGGUUAAUACAGGUAUUUUUCCAGCAUGCAUUAAUAGUGAACACAGAUUUGUUCUUCUCUGUGCCUUGUUCAGGGCUAUCAGCAGGAAUUACCCAAAGAGCGGGCUGCUUCCAGGAACCCUCCUUCCCUGGACCCAAAGUUACCCAAAACCUGGGAGGCCAGUGCAAGCAAAGGCUUGGAAACUUGGGAGCAUGGGGAUCAAGAGCUGGAAGACUGGCUCAUCCAUCUCCCAGGAAAAAACAGACAGGGCUGGGAGCAACAGGACACAGCAGACCCUCCAAGGGCACCUUCCCUGCUCUGCUGCAAUCACAACAAAGUUUGCUCAACAUCAGGCAUCCACAAAAAACAAGCCUUGAAAUAAAAAGCAAACAGGUUUGCUCCUGUACACCCCAAAUCACGGGGAGUCCCUCAGAAGCGGGAAUGUUAUGCCAGAGCCAUGCUUGGUUUCUCUGCUUUGAUGGCAGGGCUGAGGGAGAGGAGGCCAAUUUUGAUUAAACUAAUUAAGCCUGCUCCAUUCAAAGAGCUCCAACCACAUGUUACCAGGGGAGAAGAAGAAAAUAUGAAAUUAAAAGCAAAAAAAGAGAAGCCUGCCUGCAAGCACACUCCUCCAAAGCCACCCAUCCCCAGCAGAUCCCUGAUGGCCACCACCAUACUGGAAGAUAAAAGCCCAGAAAACAGACCUGUUUUAGAGACAGGUCCAGCCCUGAAGACCCUGCUCCUUCCAGCUGCCAGGACCUACUGGGACAUGCCCCACCUCCCAUCAGGAUGGGUUUCCAGUCCCAGAAGUAGCCACUCCUCCACCAAGACAAGGUCUACCAAACCAUCCCUGUCUUCCAGUCCCUUGCACAUUCCCUCCCCUCCUUUCCCUUGAAGACAUCAGGUUUCUGGAAGCAAUUUAAUUGUGAGUUAUAGCAAGGCUUCCUCAGGCAGUGUGGAUCGGGCUGGAGGCCCCGCUCUCCCAAAAUGUUUCACUUCCCCCCCAGGGCAGCCACACCAGGGACCCUGCAGACUCUGCCUGGCACUGAGAAACAUCACUUUUGCCUUCAAAGCCUUUCAACUGGAAGGAAAAAAAAAAAAAUCAGUAAUAACAAAUAUCAAAGCAAAGGCUUCCUCCCCUUUGAAGGGCGAGCAGCCAGGCGAAGGCUGGACCUGCCCAAAGCUGAGUGGAGACCGGGAUCCUGCAGGGCUGGAGGACUGAGCACUUUCCUGAUGAGCUUUCUUUCCAAGCAGCAGAAUGAUGCCUUAGGUGCAAGAAUUGCAUUGAAAUUCAAAUCAGGGUUUUGAACUCUCUCCUGCGCCUUGGGAAACCUCCUCAGUGGAAACGCAGGAUAAGGAGGAGGGCAGGAUUUGAUACCCUAGGGAAGGCCUGGGGGGAAGGAAAGCAAGCUGCCCCAUCCUGCUGGGAGGAACGCUUGAGCCAAGAGGCACUGGGCUUGCCAGUGUAGCCCUGCUAAAGCUCUGACCCACACCCCAAAAAUCCCAGUACUGCACACACCACAUCUGCCCCUCUUCUCCCCAUGCUGCUCCUGGUGGGGUUUUACUUGGGGCGUGGGGAAAAGAGGGGAGGGAGGAAGAAAAAGAAACCCCAUAUCAUAAUUGCUAUAUUAAAGAGAAAUAGCAGGCAAGAAUAAUAAGAGAGGUGUCAGAAGUGAAAUACAGUAACAGACAUUAAAAAAAAAAAAGACUACAGUUCUGCGAUGGGGGUGUUAAUUGAACACAGAGCUGGAGAGAACAAAGGGGUGUUAAGGAAAAGAAGAAGGGGAAAAAUCCUACCUCCUCCAAAGAUCUGAUUUGAGUUAAGUUUGGUGAAGAUAAUGCACAGGGAAAGGUAGCUAAGAGGCACCUUAUAUAGCUAUUAUGUUCUAAAAUUUAAAAAAUAAAAACAAAAGGUAACAAACCCAUUACUCAAUAACAAUUGCACGGCUAAUCAGUGCUGUCUAUAAAUAUUCCAUUUUGUAAAUCCCCCCCAUUGGUGCUACGUACAUUUUUCUUUUAAUCCUGAAUUCCUUCAAGAGAGGAGGGAGAAGAGGGUAAGAAAAUAAAAAUUGUGGGAUUUCAAAUGCAAAGUCAGGGUCUUCUUAAGAAGUAGAAUUUGCCCGGUGCCCUCACCUCCCCCAAAUGAGCAGAGAAAGUGAAACGAUGGGAAAAGCUCUUAAGGAGGAGGAAUCAGAUUAAAUGGUCAUAUAUCCUGUGCUCAGCCUCUCCCCACCGGUCCCCGCCGAACGAGAUGGGAGUUGGGAAAGGCUCACAGCUGAAAUAGAUGCUGCAGCAUUUUGACAGCAGAUAUUUUCCAGUUUGCCAUCCAAGGACCCCACGUCUGCGUACGCCUUGCCUGAUUCUUCUGCUUAGCUAUUCUGCUCAUGCAGAGAACAGCUUAAAAAAAAAAAACACAUACCAAGAGAGAGGGAAAAAAAAAAAAACAAGAGAAAAAAAAUAAACAGUCAUAAAGACAGAGCCCCUACCCCUGCCUUCAAACUUUUUAUAAAUCAGGAAUGCAAUUUCCGAUUUCAAUCCCUAUUGAUGGAGGAAUCAAUUGUAUUUAGGACAACAAUGCCUCCCAUUUCCAUAAUUAUUAUUCCAAAAAGCCAGCCAGCCAUUUGAAGGCAGUCCUGCCCCUUCCCUCGCAACAAAGCAACCAACAGCAAGUGAAAACACACCAAAUGAACGCCAACAACUUCAAUGUAUAUUUAAGCAGCAAUUUUUUUCCUUCCCCUACAUACUCCUGCCUGGAUCAGGCCUCUCAACUUUUUAUUACUUUUAAACAGAUAUAACCCCAAAGGUCUGCAGACAAAAGGCAACCCCCUGAGCUUUUUUUUUUUUUUAAUCAUUAUAAUUUUUAGAAGUGAUAAUAAAUACUUUAAAAUAACUGAAGAGCCCAAAUGCAAAAAGGGACUCUGGCCAGUAGAGAUGACCUAUUUUUCUAAGAACUUUAUGGACACUUUGGGUUUGCUCAAGACAAGGUUAACACCAUGAAAUAGUAGCCAUAAUGUUGCGAGAGAUGGUGGUAAAGUCUCUGUAAGGCUCUGGAGUCACUUAAAUCAGGCAGCGGGGUAACCGAACGCACAUUUCUGCACAUCAUAACGCCGGGGGGAAGAUGUAGGCACACACUUUUAAACACCCACCAGUGACCACAAACAAUCACCAGGAUUUCAAACACCACACAUGCAAAAAUCUGGGAAGCUAAAUGGCAAGUGGGAAGCGAGAAGUUGGCUCAACUUUCACGCCGCUGCCCGCAAGGAAGGGGUAAGCAAACAGACGCACACUGUACCCUCGGCCCCAGGAAAAAAAGGCAAACUUCCUCCUAGCAUUGGGCCCACAAAGCAAUAAUUAAAAAAAAAUAAUAAAAAUAAACCGAAAACAUCUGGCUGUUUGCUUUCUUAUGAAGUGUGACUUUUGGGGAUGCAGAUGUGGGGGAGAGGGGAGGAGGUCUUUGAAUUUGCAAAGUGAAAGAAUUCACCGCAAACAUAUCCAAGGGUAGAUAAACAACACUCCAAAAGCCAUCUCGAGUCAACCUCUUUGGAGACCUCCACAGCACAGCCCCGUAAGCCAAGUAAUCCAGGCAUAACACCAACAAACAGCAUUUAUAAAAAUGUAAAACAGCCCCAGUUCAUACCUGAAUAUCCUUAUUUCCAGCAGCAUGCUUCGCCCUAUACCAUCUCUUUCCAUUUUUCUUAGCAGACGGGCAUUAUCACACCCUGUCACUGAAGCAGUGCACAGUUCCUCAUCCCUCCUCAGCUCACUGGGACUUCACAGCAUCCCUGAGCUCACCUGGCUUUCCCCACCAAGUUUGGUCCCAGCACGUUCCUUGUUCCCUAACCUUACCACUGCGCUGAUAGCAAAGCUGAGCUGGGAUUAAAUAGUUAUCCCAGCCAAAAAGUGUCCCUGCAAAGGCAACAUACGGAGCAUCAAAUACAGCAUCAAACACACUUAGAGAACAGACAGGCAAAGGUUCCUUGGCUCAAAAUUAAAGGAGAAAGAGAGAAGAGGGAAAGGAACUCGGUGGCUCUCUUUUUUUGUGGAGGAAAGCUAUAAAAUCCUGAACCUUUCUCUCUACAGAGACUCUCUCAUGUUACAGCAUAAGAAGAGUUUGGAGGUUCCCAUACCAAGCCCACUGCUGGUUAUGGGAAGUCUGUAGGGAAGGACUCCUCGGGAAGGUCAGAGGUGGCCCCGCAGCCGGGAGGACUCCGGAGAGCCGAAUGCCAUCGGUAGGUGCUUUGUCUGGGCUACACGCUGCACAAACAACGCUUAACAAAGGGCCCUCUUAGUCAUUUUAUAUAUAUUGCAGGAGUCAAGUAAUUGUAUUUUCAAUCAGCUGCUCAUGCUGGGAGGUUUUAGAUAUAUAUAUAUAUAUAUGUAUAUAUAUAUUUAAGAACGGAAAAAAAAAAAAAACCCAGUUCAGGUUUCUGAAAGCUGCUCCUCUUUUAUGUGUAACUAUCAAUGUAUAUCAACUGGGUGUGCAAUCAUAUUUAUUGUCACUUUCAUUCAUGUCAUGCCCUUGCUUAUAUGGCUUAGAUAUGAAUUAUUGACUGUUUCAGCCCUUGUUGUAAAGAGGGGGGAAGGGGGGGAAAAGUCAAGUACUUUGCAGCGUGCUAAAACAAGGCAGCUACGGCGGCAUGGGAAAGUCCACAGAUCGACUCUGGUCAGCUCAGAAAGCCAACAGGAGGGAUGAACCACCCCCCGAAUUUCCAUCAUUCCCCCCAUUCUUUUUUUUUUUUUUUUUUACAUUUUUAUAUAUAUAUAUAAAAAAAGAAGAUUCCAACAAAUACAUAAAUAAGUGGUGCAUGUUGCUAAAUGUCCUUCCCUGAGCAUCUGUUGUUUAAGAUCACCCUUGAUUGAUGACUGCUAUUUUUUAAUUGUUGCUUUUAAAAUUUAAAUGCCCCCCUGGGAUGUGUUAUAAGUGUGUUAGUACAUGGUAGGAGGUCUGGAAAGUGGGAAACAGCAGAACCAACGCUCUCAUGCCAUUAGCUUCUAAAGAAGCCUGAGAACACCCCAUGCCAUAAAACAACAGUACCCUAAAGUAACUAACAAUCUAAUAUAUUGCUUUCACUAAAGGCAACUGACAACUCGCUCUUACAUGAGCUAGUCUGGAUGAUUGGCAGACAAGAGCAUUUUAACUCUUUCCUUAAAAAAACAGUAAGAAACCUUUGUGUUUACCUGAAUACUAAUGGUAAUAAAACUGCACAGUUUCAUUUUGUUGGGAUUAUUUCCCACACACCCACUCUGCAUUCAGAUUUUUUUUUUUGUUGUUUUUUAAGCAGUGCCAUGUCUUAAAGAAGAAACUAGAGCAAGACACAAAUUGCAAUGGGGUUGAUUUUUUUUUUUCUCCCCAGAAAAAGCAAUAAAUAAAGAAAUGCUAUACAAUAGAAAUUAAACCACGAUAUUUUCUCUUCUAGACACAAACCACAUCAUGCAAGUCCACUGCCAGAAGCAUUAAAUACCAACGAGUUAUUUCUCCCCACUUAAAUAAUGCUGCAUUGGGGCGGGGGGGGGGAUGGGGGGGGCACAAACUUGGGGAAUAAAAUCCCCAAAGAACAAAAACAAUACAAAACCAACAGCAUUGAUU